CUGCUGGGUGAAGAUAACGCAGUUACAUUUUUGCUUGCGCAUAGUUUUGGAAAGAUAAGCCAUCAAUAUGAAUCUUUGUGCAGUAAGCAGUUUGAAGUCCUAACUAAAGCAGGCUGGAGUUCAUGGUCUGGUCCCUUCAGCACCCAGUUGAAGGUUAUUAAGUCCUGAGCCAAAUCACAUACAAUCAGGAUGUCAUCUCAAGAGGAGAAACCUUCCCCCCCCUCUCCUGACAUGCAUUUCAUUGGAAAGAAGGAAGAUAUUGUUAAGGCUGGCCGUGUGACGAUGCGGGUGAAUGGAAGCAGAGAUGUGCUUGUUGUGUAUCACCAGGAUGAGUUUUAUGCAUUGGACCUGCGUUGCUACCAUGCUGGUGGUCUAUUACAGAAUGGAGAUAUUGAGGAGUUCAAUGGACGGCCAUGCAUUGUUUGUCCGUGGCACAAAUACAAGAUCACCCUGGCAGAAGGUGAAGGACUUUAUCAAGCUGUGGACAAUCCUACGAUCAGCCCACUGAAGACUCAGUGGCGCUCCAAGGGAGUCAAGCAAAGGAUUCAUAAAGUCACUGAAGUUAGCGGGAAUGUUUAUGUUACCCUGAAUGACUCCAGCGAGGCCAUCGAGUCAGAUGUUUACCAGACUGAGAAAUACAGAACUGUUCCACUCGAUGCAAUGCCGAAAUCCAAACCCAAGACAUAGGAAAAAGACAUACAUUUAUUAAACCUUCUGUUUUAUUUACAAACACUCUACUUCUUUCAAAGAUAGUUUAAGGAUUUAACAAAACGUUCAGACUCCUUUUCUGAUGUUAUGUCAAUAUUUUAUCAAUUUCAUUUCAAUCUAAUUAAUCUUUUAAAUUUCACAGAUUUCAACCAAAGAAGAAACAAACCCUUUCAGAAAAUUUGUCAAAUUUGCUUCAGGAUGAAAACAAAUGACUUUAAAUCAUUACAAUUAAAGUCAAUGAUGCCUUCUUAAAAUGUUUAAUCUGUUAAUCCUAAAGUAUUUCUUUUGACUACGUAGAACAAACAAGGACAUUUUACUAAUUACUUCUUACACAGUUUCUUAGCAUCUUGCAGUUUUAUUUUUCUUCCCUUGCUUUAUUUUCCUUACUUAAGCAUUUACUUGAAUACAGAAACCAUAAACAUGCUUAUUAGAAGAGAUAUGUUCAAACGACAAACAGAUCUUAAAUCUGUCGAUCUGUGUAAUAUCGACAGCUUGCCAACAAUUGUUCCACAAAAUGUAAUGUAGAAGUACAAAUAAUAUUUUGACAAUGUUUUUACAUUUUGUAUCAGUACAAACUGAUAACUGUGUACAACAACCUUAAUUUUAAUUUGUUUAAUAUGUUUUUGCUUUUGUAAAAAUAAGCUAAAUUUUUAUUGGACUGCUUUUUGUUGUGCUUACUGCAUGCUUUCACCUCAGAAAUAUUUCCUUCAGUUUGUGCAGUAUAACAUUUACUUCCAUUCCAACAUUGCUCACCUAAGUUGUAUUUGGAAAACUGUAUUUGUACUGAAAGACAUCCUAAAUACGCUCAGCUGUUUACAUUAUGGACUUCUGUGAAUGUAUGAAAAUCAAGUUUAAUGAAAUACAUUUUAUACUUUGA